AUGUCUAAUACAACAACAAAUGAAGAUACCGCUAUACAAGUCGCUCUUCGAAUAAGACCUUUAACUCCAGAAGACUUAAUUAACAUACCAGCACGAUUUCAACGUAAUGUUCUCUCCACUGCGGCGUACGCUCCAAACCAAGUCACGGUACGACAUGAGAAAAAACAAAACUUUACAUUUGACUAUGUUUUUGGUCAAGAAUGUAACCAAAAAGAAGUAUACGAACGUGCGAUAAAGAAAAUGGUCGAUAAAUUUUUAGAUGGUUUUAACGUAACGAUUCUAGCGUACGGCCAAACUUCAUCGGGUAAAACUCAUACAAUGGGAACAUCUAAUGACUUUACUUCACCCCCAGAAUCAAUGGGUAUAAUUCCACGUGCAAUGACCUCCCUUUUCUCUGCGAUAAAUUCGGUUCAAUAUAAACAACGUAAAUUCUCGAUGAGAGUAUCCUUUGUGGAAUUAUAUAAUGAAGAUCUUAUUGACCUACUUUCUGAAGGUAGUGAUGAGGAUAAACCACAACUCUUGAUUAGAGAAGAUCCCAGCGGAAGUAUAUCAUUAAGUGGAUUACAAGAAAUUAAAGUUAAUAGUGUCAGUGAGGUUAUGGGCCAUUUAUCACGCGGCUCAUUAAAUCGACAAGUUGGCGCGACGGAUAUGAAUGCAAAAUCUUCUCGAUCUCAUGCAAUUUUUACGGUUAUUCUUUCUCAAAAGAAAUUUAUACCUACUAAUGAGUUAUGUGCAAGUCCGUUGCCUCUUACCCCGUCAACGAAUUCGACAAUUACUGCAUUUUCAGACUCAAAAUCUGGUUCACAGUCAAGGUCAAAUUCAAGAUUAAGUAGGAGGUUUGAGGAUGGCACUUGGGUUUCUGUAACAAGCAAAUUUCACUUUGUGGAUUUAGCCGGUAGUGAAAGGCUUAAGCGUACAUCAACAAAUGGUGAACGUAUAAAAGAGGGUAUAUCUAUCAAUUCUGGAUUGCUUGCCUUAGGAAAUGUAAUUUCUGCUUUGGGUGAUCCAACUAAGGCAAAGAACACAACUCAUAUCCCAUAUCGAGAUUCUAAACUUACACGUUUAUUACAAGACUCUCUUGGUGGUAAUGCGUUAACAUUAAUGAUUGCUUGUGUUUCACCAGCAGAAUAUAAUGUUGGUGAAACAAUAAAUACUCUUAAAUAUGCAAACCGGGCUAGAAAUAUUAAAAAUACGGCGAUAAUUAUGCAAGAAGAAGCCGGAUGGAAUGACUUGGAACAUUUACAAAAUCUUGAUACAUUGGAUAAAUUGGAUAAUGGAAGUGACUCACCUGAUAGUCCAAUUCCUAAUUCAAAAACUCCGUUACAUAUCGAUACCAACGUUAACACUGACGAAAACUUUCAAAAUAAUAAGGAUAUUGAAGCUCUUGAGGAACAACUUGCAGAGCUUCAACGUUCUUAUAAUGAAUUAUCACAAAAUUAUGCGAAAAAAUCAAUCGAACUUGAAGUACAUCAAAACGUCUCAGAUAGUACAAACAUUCCGUCAAAUCCUACCUCUUCAUCUUUAACAACCAUUAAAGAAGAGGAUGAGAUGACUGUUAAGAAAUCUCAAUCAUCUGAUUUUCAAAAUGCUGUCAGGCCAGUUGUCAUGGAAUACGAAAAAUCUAUUACUUCUUUAGAAAGUCAACUUGCGCUUGCUCGUGCCGCUUUAAAUCACACUGAAGUUUCAAUGCUAGAACAAGAAGCAAAACUUCAAGAUGCUGAAAAAUUCAGAGAAGAAAGUAAAAGUUUAAUUGAUGAUCUUAAAUAUAAGGUUUCAAAACUUCAUGAACGUGAAACUACAACUGAAUAUUAUAUUCAAGAUCUUGAAGCUAAAAUUAAAAUUAAUUCCGAAGAAUAUAAAAAAGAUCAAGAGACAAUUAGUGAUCUCCGAAAACAACUUAUGGAACUUAAAGGAAAUGAUGAUAAUAAUGAAAAUCUAAUUAAUCAACUUGAAACGCGUUUGGCGGCGC